AAUAAUGAAAGCCUUUGGACUGCGAGUCUAAGUGGUGCCACCCAAUCGAUCCUUUGGCACAAUACUGUGAGGCGGCAAUGCUGCCUACUGCGCCACCGUGCCGUGCUAUAUAUAACUGUUUAAACUGCAGGCACCGCCAGAAGAUCUAAAGCAAUAGCUAACGAUAUUGCUAUAGUCUAUCAAUAUUUGAAACCCGUUCAAAUCUUAAACGCUCGUUAAGGUAUAUUCUGACAGCAAAACCGCCAACAACGAUAGCAAUAUUGUGUUUUUAAAGUCAAAGUGACCCAAGACCUCGAUUAAAUUAAUUAUUCAUUAAUAGUCUUGGCAAAAACUUUUCAGCAAAGGAGCGCUGGCAACAAGUUAAAGAUGAUAUUCAAUAGCAUUUCAGGAAAUCGAAUCCAGGUGACGUCAUGCCAGUUGUUUUGGUCCGCCCAACCAAUCGGACGCGCUGCUUGGAUUCUACAGGAGCCGAGAUGGGUCCUUCCUCGCCCCAGCAGGACUUCCCCAUCCCUACCAUAACGCAUUGCGCCGGGUGCGCUGCCCGUUCCUCCUGGUGCUUUAACAACUCUGACAUGGAAACCUCAUUGCAGUUCCAGCACGAUUUCUUUCAGGAGCAGCAGCCACAACAGCAGAGGCAGCAGCAGCAGCAACAGCAACACUACGACUGUCAGAAUCAGGAGGAUCAGUUUCUUCGGCAACAGGACGACCUAUGCCACAGAUGCAACAACUGCUUAUAUGGUGCAGGGGAUAACCUAAUUGUUCUGCGGACUUCACCCGUACUAACCGGAGCUUUCAGGACUAAUUCACCACCCGUUUCCUCGUCGAGACCCGGCAGUCAGCUCAGCGUUAGCGAGUUCACGCCUUCCAGCCAUGCCAGUUCAUCCAGGCAACAGCAUCAUCACCACCACCACCACUACCAUCAGUACCAGCAGUGCCACAGCCGGCAGCAGGGUAGUCCUAGCAGUAACCACCGGGAGAACAACCCGUUCACUGAAAUAGCCAUGAGUAGCUGCAGGUAUAACGGCGGUGUGAUGCGGCCGCUGAGCAACCUCAGUUCCUCCCGCAGGAAUCUGCACGAGCUGGACUCGGAGUCGCAGCCUUUACAACCGAUAUCCACAAGUACCGGCGCCCCAGAGAUCGUGGUGUCCAAGCCGGAGCAGAACAAUUCGGCCAACCUGGUGUCUUACGGUUCCGGAGGUGGAGGAGGUAGCAACAGCGGGAACAAUAAAUCGAAUAAGAAGAAAAACCAAAACAUCGGCUACAAGCUCGGGCAUAGGAGAGCCCUCUUUGAGAAAAGAAAGCGGCUCAGCGACUAUGCGCUGAUCUUUGGGAUGUUUGGGAUUGUGGUUAUGGUCAUUGAAACUGAACUUUCUUGGGGAGCGUAUCAGAAGGGGUCGCUGUAUUCAUUAGCUCUAAAAUGCCUUAUUAGCCUUUCAACGAUAAUUCUUCUUGGUCUGAUUAUUGUAUACCACGCAAGGGAGAUUCAGUUAUUUAUGGUGGACAAUGGUGCAGAUGACUGGAGAAUAGCCAUGACAUAUGAGCGGAUUUUUUUCAUUUGCUUGGAAAUAUUAGUGUGUGCAAUUCAUCCAAUUCCUGGGAACUAUAAAUUUACAUGGACAGCACGCCUUGCCUUUUCCUACACGCCAUCCACUGCAAUAGCUGAUGUGGAUAUUAUAUUAUCAAUACCAAUGUUCCUUAGACUGUAUCUAAUUGCCAGAGUAAUGCUGCUGCACAGCAAACUUUUUACAGAUGCCUCUUCACGCAGCAUUGGAGCACUGAACAAAAUAAACUUUAAUACACGUUUUGUAAUGAAGACAUUAAUGACAAUAUGUCCUGGAACUGUACUCCUGGUUUUCAGCAUUUCAUUGUGGAUAAUAGCUGCAUGGACUGUCCGAGCUUGUGAAAGGUACCAUGACAACCAAGAUGUCACAAGCAACUUUCUAGGGGCAAUGUGGCUAAUUUCCAUCACAUUUCUUUCAAUCGGAUAUGGAGACAUGGUUCCACAUACAUACUGUGGUAAAGGAGUUUGCCUUCUUACUGGAAUAAUGGGUGCUGGUUGUACUGCUCUGGUAGUAGCCGUGGUUGCCAGGAAAUUAGAGUUGACCAAAGCUGAAAAACAUGUGCAUAAUUUUAUGAUGGACACACAGCUGACAAAGAGAGUGAAAAAUGCAGCUGCAAACGUACUCAGGGAAACAUGGCUAAUAUACAAAAACACCAAGUUAGUAAAAAAGAUAGACCAUGCACGGGUGAGGAAACAUCAGCGUAAGUUCCUGCAGGCCAUUCAUCAAGCUCGAAAAUUAAGAAGUGUUAAAAUGGAACAGAGAAAACUGAAUGACCAAGCAAACACUUUGGUGGAUCUGGCCAAGACACAAAAUAUCAUGUAUGAUAUGAUCUCUGAUCUAAAUGAAAGGAGUGAAGACUUUGAGAAGAGGAUUGUUACACUGGAAACUAAGCUAGAGACUUUAAUUGGAAGUAUCCAAGCUCUACCUGGACUGAUUUGUCAGACAAUCAGCCAACAACAGAGGGAGUUCCUUGAAGUACAGAUGCAAUCCUAUGACAAACAAGUUGCCUACAGUGCUGAAAGAUCACGCUCCUUAUCAAGAAGGAGGAGGUCCUCUUCGACAGCACCGCCAACUUCAUCAGAAAGUAGCUAGAGUUGACUAAUUUAUCACAAAAUAAAGACUUUUUGCCAUCAUAUGGUCAAUAUUUUAGCUUUUAUUGUAAAGCCCUAUGGUUUAAUCAGAGUUAUCCGGGUUCUGAUGUCAGAAUCUAGGAAACCUGAAAAAAUUGUUUUAGGCCAAAUCAAGUAAGAACUUUUUUUUUCAGAUGCACAGUGAAUGCACCUACCAUUGCUAUAUAGAUUGUUUCUUCUGUAAUUUCACUAAACUUUUUAUUCAUGCACUUCAAUG